AAAGCCGGUUCCCGCCCAUUUCCCGCCACUCUGCAAAGUAACCGGAAACACUACGUUUCCCACAACCCCGCGCUCCAUUCAGCUCGUGUCGGCUCGUUAUGGCGUCUUCUUGAAGCGUAGAGAGAUCGCAAGUAGUUUGUUGACAAGUGGAAAAAGAUGGCAGCCGACUCCACUGACAAAAAAGAUGCAGAAACCUCGGGGACCAAAGACCGAGAGAGGAAACCACGCAGCCGCUCACGAGAGCGAGAUCGUAAGGUCUCACCUUUACGCAAACGGCAACCUCGUGAAAGAAAUCGCUCCAAAUCUGCAGAAAGAGACCGUCGCAUGAAGGACAAGGACCGAGACAAAGAGCGAGAAAAGGACAGAGACAGAAGUCGCAAGGACCGAGAGGGACAUCGACGUGAUAAAGAUCGUGGCAGGAGAUCCAGGAGUCUCUCACCAAAGUCCAGGUUAAAGAGGGAGAAGGAUAUCAAAGCGGAAGAGGAGGAAGAUGAGAAAAAGAAGAAAGAGAAAGCCCAGCCGCUGUCGUUAGAGGAGCUUCUGGCCAAGAAGAAGGCAGAAGAGGAAGCAGAGGCAAAGCCCAAGUUCCUGUCCAAAGCAGAACGGGAGGCCGAGGCUCUGAAGCGGCGGGCGCAACAGACGGAGGACAGGAGGAGGCUGGUGGACGAGGAGAGGAAGAAGAGGAGGAUGUUCCAGGACAUUGGAAGAAAGAUGAUGGAGGAUCCCCAAGAACGGGAGAGGCGAGAGCGCAGGGAGCGAAUGGAGCGCGAGAACAACGGGAACGAAGAAGACGAUGGACGACAAAAGCUCAGGGAGGAGAAAGAUAAAAGCAAAGAGCUUCACGCCAUCAAGGAGCGUUACCUGGGCGGACUCAAGAAACGUCGGAGAACACGUCAUCUGAACGACAGGAAGUUUGUGUUCGAGUGGGACGCUUCCGAAGACACGUCGGUCGACUACAACCCGAUUUACAAAGAAAAGCAUUCAGUGCAGCUGUACGGACGAGGCUUCAUCGCCGGCAUCGACUUGAAGCAGCAGAAACGGGACCAGUCGCAUUUCUACGGCGACCUGAUGGAGAAAAGGCGAACGCUGGAAGAGAAGGAGCAGGAAGAGGUGAGACUGAAGAAGAUGCGUAAGAAGGAGGCCAAGCAGCGCUGGGACGACCGACACUGGUCCCAGAAGAAACUUGACGAGAUGACGGACAGAGACUGGAGAAUCUUCCGAGAGGACUACAGCAUCACCACCAAGGGCGGGAAGAUCCCCAACCCCAUCAGGAACUGGAAGGAGUACUCGCUGCCCGAUCACAUCCUGGAGGUCAUCGAAAAGUGCGGCUACAAGGAUCCGACACCUAUUCAGCGGCAGGCCAUUCCUAUUGGCUUACAGAACCGUGACAUCAUCGGCGUGGCUGAGACAGGCAGCGGUAAAACAGCUGCCUUCCUGAUUCCACUGCUUGUCUGGAUCACAACACUGCCAAAGAUCGAGAGGAUCGAAGACUCGGACCAGGGUCCCUAUGCCGUGAUCCUGGCCCCAACUCGAGAGCUGGCGCAGCAGAUCGAGGAGGAAACCAUCAAGUUCGGCAAACCGCUCGGCAUCCGAACGGUGGCCGUGAUCGGAGGAAUCUCCCGAGAGGACCAGGGCUUCCGCCUCCGGAUGGGCUGCGAGAUCGUGAUCGCCACCCCCGGUCGUCUGAUCGACGUGCUGGAGAACCGCUACCUGGUCCUGGGCCGCUGCACCUAUGUGGUGCUGGACGAGGCUGACCGCAUGAUCGACAUGGGCUUCGAGCCCGACGUCCAGAAGAUCCUGGAGUACAUCCCCGUGACCAACCAGAAGCCGGACACGGACGAGGCGGAGGACCCAGAGAAGAUGAUAAUGAACUUUGAAUCUGGAAAACAUAAAUACAGACAGACGGUCAUGUUCACGGCGACAAUGCCUCCGGCGGUGGAGAGGUUAGCCCGCAGCUACCUGAGACGUCCUGCCGUCGUCUACAUCGGUUCUGCCGGUAAACCUCACGAGAGAGUGGAGCAGAAGGUCCUGCUUAUGUCCGAGGGAGAGAAGAGGAAGAAGCUGCUGGAGGUUUUGUCGCGCGGCUUCGAGCCGCCCAUCAUCAUCUUCGUCAACCAGAAGAAGGGCUGCGACGUGCUGGCCAAGUCUCUGGAGAAGAUGGGAUACAACGCCUGCACGCUGCACGGCGGCAAAGGUCAGGAGCAGCGAGAGUUUGCUCUGUCCAACCUCAAGGCCGGAGCCAAAGACAUUCUGGUGGCCACUGACGUCGCCGGUCGUGGUAUCGAUAUCCACGACGUGUCGAUGGUCCUCAACUACGACAUGGCCAAGAACAUCGAAGACUACAUCCAUCGUAUCGGUCGUACUGGUCGUGCUGGUAAGAGCGGCAUGGCCCUGACGUUCCUCACCAAGGAGGAUUCGGCCGUGUUCUACGACCUGAAGCAGGCCUUCAUGGAGAGCCCGGUCUCCACCUGCCCCCCCGAGCUCACCAACCACCCCGAAGCGCAGCACAAACCCGGGACCAUCCUGACCAAGAAGCGACGCGAGGAGACCAUCUUCGCCUGAGGAUGACGCCGCCGCCGCCGCUCUCUCACACCGUCUGUGAUCUUUGUGUCUAUCCGCCAUGUUUUUCCUCUCUCGAGCUUCGGCCUCCCGAGUUAAUCGUGUCUUCAGUUUGUUGUUCUUAUCUUUCAGGUCUGCAGGUAGAAAACGUCUGCGUCGCUCGGCAGGACACUGAUACAGUAAACUGCACUGUAAACAUUUUGGCCCAGUGUAUUAAAAUAGCAGCUGGUGUAGUAAAGUUCUGUGUUGGUAUGAUUCACAUGAAUCUUGAGUUUCCUGAGACCAGCGUCAGAACUAUUCAAACUCGGCAGGAUGAGGAUGAAUCCAAUUAAGUCACAGUUGAUUGUUUUAAAUAAAAAAACAAACAUUUGUAUGAAGUGAAAACAGAAA